GUCCUCCUCAGUUGGAUUCGACGCGCCGUUGUGGGCAGACGUACGCUCGUCGUCCGCGAAACACGAUCGCGAGCUUUCGAAUUUUUACCUGUGGAUUUUUCUGUGGCAAGUGCACUAAUUAUUGAAUACACACAAUAACAUUUUGUGGUUAUAUCUGGAUUGGUAUCUGUACCGGCAAACCUCUGGUUCAUUCAAGGUGUAAAGGUGGUGAAUCGUUGACAACGCAGUUUUACGGAAAAGGUACGAACUACAGUACGAGCGAAGGGGGUAAAAGAAACCCGUUCGAAUUUCAAGUAGAUUCCGUGGCGGAAUAAACAAAAAGAAUCCACCUGAGUGACGUUUUCUACGACGAAAACCAAUAUUAUUAAUCAUUUUAUGCCAUGGAAGAGGGUUUCACGAUAAGAGGUUUUAGAGAUGAAUCAAAAAACUAGAAAGAAAGUUAUUAAUCAAGGCCACGAUAAGGCAAAUUUAUAGCCGAGAAUCUGAAAUUGCCAAAGCAUGUGAAGAGGAAUAACUUUUACCUUGAAACAUAUCCUAACAAAUAUCAUUCUUAAUAUCUUGGACAUAUCUCAUUAUUUGAUUCUAGUCGCCUAUUUGUGAUUAUAAUAGAUAGUUUAAACAUUAUUGCUCAAAAGACAUGUAAAAUAUAUUCUAUCAUUAUUCUAUUAGAUAUUAAUUGAAAUAUAAUUAUUGAUAUAUUGAGGCAAAUAGACAAAUAAGAAGCGUAGUAAAUAUAAAAGAAUUAAUUAAAAUAUAAAAUGAAAUACUACAGCAUGUUCUUUUUACGAAGGAGGACGUUAAUAUUGAAAGCUGUACUGAUUCUGACAGCUUUAUGGUUUAUGGUAGCAUUGCUAACGACUAAUGGUGGAGCAAGAAAUGCCAUUGGCGCUCCGCCCAUCGAAUAUGAAGAUCCCGAGGCUAAGCCGCUAAAAAUGGCAAAACCAACAUCGACCAAAAAGAAAAGCGAGUCAUAUGGCAAUAAUUUGUCCGAUGCAUCAACGCGCCUCGAUUGGAUGGGUCGGAUCUUGGGGAGAGAAGGUCUCGGAGUGAUAGCUGCCCCAGGGUCAGACAAUGCGCCUGGUGAACUCGGCAAACCGGUCGUCUUACCGACCAACAUGAGCGAGGAAGCGAAACUAGCCGUGUCAGAAGGGUGGAAGAAGAACGCCUUCAAUCAGUACGCGAGCGAUCUGAUAUCGAUCAAGAGGAAGUUGCCUGACCCGAGGGAUGAAUGGUGUAAGCAACCAGGCCGCUACUUAGAAGAUCUCCCCCAGACAUCCGUGGUGAUCUGCUUCCACAACGAGGCGUGGUCGGUGCUGCUCCGGACCGUGCACUCCGUCAUCGACAGGUCACCGGCGCAUUUGAUAAAGGAAAUCAUCCUUGUUGAUGACUUCUCGGACAUGCCACACCUGAUGCAACAGUUAGACGAUUACAUGUCGUCUCUGCCCAAAGUCAGGAUAGUCCGCGCCACCCGCAGAGAGGGGCUCAUCAGAGCGAGGCUGCUCGGGGCCCGGUACGUCACCGCUCCUGUGCUCACGUAUCUAGACAGCCAUUGCGAAUGCACGGAGGGUUGGCUGGAGCCCUUGUUAGAUAGAAUUGCUCGUAACAAAACGACAGUAGUGUGUCCAGUAAUUGACGUUAUCGAUGAUAAUACCCUAGAGUAUCACUACCGGGACUCGUCGUCAGUCAACGUUGGCGGUUUCGAUUGGAAUCUACAGUUCAAUUGGCAUCCCGUCCCUGCCAGUGAGCGAGCUAGACACAAACAUACAGCUGAACCAGUUUACUCCCCAACAAUGGCUGGUGGACUCUUCGCUAUUGACAAGGACUUCUUCGAAAGACUUGGUACUUACGAUAGCGGUUUUGAUAUCUGGGGUGGAGAGAAUUUAGAACUGUCGUUCAAGAGUUGGAUGUGUGGUGGAACUUUGGAAAUCGUUCCGUGCUCUCACGUUGGUCACAUAUUCAGAAAGAGAUCGCCCUACAAAUGGCGGACUGGCGUGAAUGUGCUCAAGAAGAAUUCUGUUAGAUUGGCUGAGGUUUGGUUGGAUGACUAUGCCAAAUACUAUUAUCAGCGAGUUGGUAACGACAAAGGUGACUACGGUGACAUAAGUAGCCGGAAAGCGUUGAGAGAAAAACUUGGAUGCAAAUCCUUUGAGUGGUAUUUGAAAAACAUUUAUCCAGAACUUUUCAUCCCGGGAGAAUCUGUCGCCCAUGGCGAGAUACGAAAUGUCGGCUUCGAUAAGACAUGUCUGGAUUCGCCAGGCCACAAAUCCAACCAUCAUAAGCCCGUCGGACUUUACCCGUGUCACCGGCAGGGAGGAAAUCAGUACUGGAUGUACUCAAAGAAUGGUGAGAUACGCCGCGAUGAGACUUGCCUGGAUUAUUCGGGCCACGACGUCGUGUUGUACCCCUGUCAUGGGGCCAAGGGCAAUCAGUUAUGGCUUUAUGACCACAAUACGAAGUUAAUAAAACACGGAUCCAGUGAAAAAUGUAUGGCGAUAUCACGGAACAAAGAUAAGAUAGUCAUGGAGACGUGCAAUGAAUCCGAGAAUAGACAGAUGUGGAACAUGGAAAAUUUCAACGCUGACAGACUCAGUCCAGAACUCAUGGUCGAGUAGCGGGAGGCCUACGAUGAAAUAAUGUUCAUAUAAAUAAAGACUAUAGGACUAUUAUGCAGCGGACUAUUCAAGAAUUGUGAGUGUUUUGUUAGUUAUGAAUAAAAUUAUAGCUAAAACCGACAUCAUGGUCGAUAUUUGUUCAAAUACUUUUGAACUACUGUCCAUAUUUGCUCUUGUUGAUGGGAUACACUGACUGAAGACUCCACAGGUUUCAGCUAUAGUUUAUUAUUUGAAGUGGACUUCUAUAGAAAUAAUGAAACACGGACAAGUUACUAAAUGUGAGUGCAUAGUAUCACUUGUUGUUAAACGCAUUUUGUGUAUAGUCUAUUAAAAAAUUGUGUGUUAAGUGAAUUUUAAUGUAUGCGACUUUUGAUGGAGUGAUGGACGUUUUUGUUUGUUUCUUUUACUUUUAAAAUUUAGACCCCCUAGAUUGACCCCAAUUUGGCCUAAUUUGUUAUUUCAAUAUCAGACUUUAAUUGCUAGGUUUGUAAUACAUUUGAAAACCUUCUCUAUUUCUCAGUUUAAGUUUGCUCUCUCUUUAAUGAGCUCGAUUGCGACUGUGUAUGUAGACUUUAUAAUUUUCAUUUUACUUGGUGACUUUAAAUCUUUACUAAAUUGUUUACUAGUAAACGUUUCCCUUGUAAAAUGUAAUACUUUUGUGACAUAUCAGCUGUCUUUUGUAAAAUUUAUAUUGUAUAGUUUGUCUACUUUGAAAGUCUGUUUUGAUUUAGAUGUAGUGAUAAAAAAAUAGUUGUGAUGGUAAAGACGUUUGACAUUAACAAUUUACAGACAAGUCAUCUAUGUAUAGAUGAAGAAAUUUUAUUGAAUGGUGGACGUCCAUAUAUCCGCUUCGUAAGUAUCGGACGCAUCGCAUCAAAAGGAUACCGUACUAUUCUUUGUAUAGAAAGAUGUGCGUCCAAUGAUCCGCAUCGUACGGAUCGCAUGAAUUUAAAAUUAAAAAUCUAUUCAAUGCGAUGGGUUCAAUACUUAUCGGUGCGGAUAUGUAGAUUUUUACGAAACGAACCUUCAGUUAUACACACUAACGCGCUAAGUCGGUCGUUUUAAGCCGGCUAUAUACGAACAGCUUGAAGCAAUCAGGAUUGACUGCUUCAAACUGUGGCUGUAUAAUGAACUACAGAUUUCUUCAUACGUACAUACACCAACUGCUCGAGCAGUUGCAAAUGCUUCGGGCAGUUGGUAGCACGGUGAUACUCCAUCGUGCCAACAAGCAGUUGCCAGGCUGACUCAAGCUGUCUACUGUUCAAUCCAUGUUGCUAUUGGUUUGAAUUAAAAUUUAAAUUGCCAACUGCUUGAACACUUAUCAAUGGCAGCUUCAAGCUACUGCCUCUGAUAGCAAGUGCAGUCCAUGUAUGUUGAUCACUGGCUAACUGCUCGAGCUGGUCGUGUAGCACCGGCCUUACCUACAUCAAAUCUCAAACGGACUUCCCAGAAUAGAUUGACUAUAACGAAUCUGUAUUAGUUUUCAAUUAUAUUAUAUCAACAUUGUAAUAGUAUUCUAUGUGAAGUAUUAAAUAAAAUAUACUAAUUAGAAUUAAUCUCGAAACUGUACUGUACAUAUCUUGCUACAUAUUAUAUUUGAAUUGUUAUUCUCAAAUGCCACGGUUUGUUAAUCAUAAUGUAUAAAAUAUUCCAAGGCAAUAAAAUAAACAUAGCGAAAUUCUGUAGUUUCGUCGAUCGUUGGGUUUUUAUGAAAUUCGAAAGAGAAGCGAUAUCGUCACCUUAAUUGCAUGGAAAAAUAUACAAUCAUAGUGAAAUAUUUACGCUAUAAAAGGCAACAUCAGUUUCGUUUCGAUAUUCGCUUCAAAAUCGUGGCGAAACUACGAUGAAUUCAACGUUAACGCGACAAAAUUGUGCGUAUAUUUCGCUAAAUGUAAUUGUGAUUUCUUCAAUUAAAUAUUAGUCUUAAAAUUUGUCCUAGAAAAUGGAUCUAGUGAAAUAUAUUUAUAACAUAAUAUUGUAGAUUAUUACAAUAACAAUGAAAAUGUCUAAUAUUUUAGUUACUAUUUAUGAUAAGGAUAUAUUUUUGUAUUAUUCGAGGGUUCAUGAAUUUAAGCGAAUUUAUUUUUGUCUCGAUCUAUUUUGUACUGUACGAUAUUAAAACAAGGUUUGACUAAAAUAAUAUGACUGAUUUAGUUUGAUUUUAUUCUUUCGUUAUUUUUUUUUCUAAUUUUAAAUAAAUGUACAUAUUGGUAGGUAUACUUUUUGUUUGAUCUUGUUUGUUUGCAUAAAAUGAUUAUUCUUCAGAAAUUUAGUAUCGGUAUUUCUGUGAAAAUAUUAUUUAUUAAAGUAUUUCAUUUAUUUUUAUUUACUGAUAAUAGAUUGAUUACAAGUAACAUUCCAAUUUGUGAUUUUAUGUAUGGAUAUAUAGUAUUUUUAUGCGUAGAAAAAAACUGCCAGUUGUAUGCAAAAAUAGGAUAAAAAUGACGUUUUAAGUAAAAUAAAAAGUGUAAAUUUUAGUGUUAUAAAUUUUUCUGUCUUUGCUCAGGAAUCAUAUCACAUUGUAAAAUAUUAAUGAUUAGAAAUUAAAGUGCCAGUAUUUUUGUUUAAGAUUUUUGUAUUACAUUGUUUUAUUCAUUCACCUUUUUUUAUAUAUCUGUGUAGGUAUUAUUCAGUUGUCACGCCUUAUAUGUGAUAGCUAAUAAUACAAUAGGCAUUGUGUUAGUAUUUAUAUUCUGUUACAGUAAUAAUAUAAUUUAUUCACAGAUUUUUGUGAAAAUUACCCGUUUCCUCUAUUACAGAUAUUUUCAAUCUCGUUCUCUACUUUAAUUUACUGUUCUAAUACUUUAUCUUUGUAUUUCUUCUUUUUAACAUUAGGUAUAAUUUUGCAUAAAACGAAAAUCAAAACAAAAUAUAGGUAUUCAAAUAGCUAUUAUUAAAAGUUAUUAAAUUACAUGAAAACAUCAAUUUCUUUAUUGAAAAUUACAAGUAACUUUGUAUUAGAAAUCUAAUAAACAUAGUCGGAGGGACGAAGUACAUUCAUAUAUAACUGUAAAGUAUUUUGUAUGACUCUAGAUUCAAUUUGAUGCAAAAAGAUUGGUGUCAAACUUCUUAUCCAACCAAUAGACAAAUCUAUCAUAUUUAGGAGUGUGUUAGAAAAUUUCAGUUUUCUAUAAUUACCUAGUUUAGUAGCACCAGUAAAAUUACCAUUUUUUGUUAAGAUAAUCAUUUUAUUAUUAUAGCAAUCUCCGAUUAUUAUAACAAUAGUAAUUUAAAUUAUGAGUAUCAAAUUCUUGUUUCUGACCAAGCUACGCACCGGCCGACUUAAUUAAAUUAUGACAUUAAUAAUAUUUUUAGAAAAAGUUAUAUAAUCAUAUGGAAAAAGCCACCUCCAUUCUAAAAUCUUGGCUAUUAGAUCUCGUCUCUUCGACCAUAGUAAAAUAUUUUGUUUAAAUAAAAACGUAAAAAUCGAAAAACAUAAUAUAGAUUACAAUUAUUCUCCUUGGGUUAAGACGUUAUAAAUGUGCCUUAUAUCUUUACGUAAUAUUGUAUUUGAAUGUUGAAAUUUCUGUACAUAUUAAGCGAUGUCUCCUGUACUAUAAUGCGAUGGCGUAAUGUUAGUUCGUACAGUAGUGUUUGUAAAAUAAAGCAUUAUGUUGGAUUUGUAAA